AUGCUGAACGGUCGCGAAGGGUCGCUCUUAGGUGCCUCCUGGGCAUGCAGGAGGAUGCUGCGAUUCGUGCUCAUCAUUGUGGUGAGCGCGACAUUCGUCGCUCUCCUCUGGCCGUCGUCCGAGCCACAAAACACCGUGUUGGGCCGAGCCAACAUCACGAUAUCGUCAGACAUCAAAUGCGAACUCAACCUCGACAUGUUACACAAGCUGCACGUUCGCAAAGUGGGCCAAUACAUUCGCCGUGAAAUUGUGGUGGACGUGACCGACGACCCCGUGCCCAUGACACAACGACUGGACCAGGCCUUUAUGGACUUGAAGCCUCCCAAGGAGCCCAUUACCGACAUGCAGGAUGGGCCGCACGACAGCUGCUCGAUCCCUAUCCCCGUCGCGGUCCAGGUCCCCAAGCCCCCGAAAAUGGUGGAUGCCUCCCACAUCGACUUUGGCGUCGCAACGUCCGUAGAACGGUUGAACGAAUCCCUCGACCAGAUGGCUCACUGGGCCGGGUACACCAGGACUCGGAUUUUCGCGUUAGUCGAGCCCGAGGAAACCCCCAACGCAAUCGAGCGGGUUCGCGCCAAGGCCGACGCGCUGGGGAUCAAUCUCAUUGUCACCGAGUCCGACGACGACUUUCUCACGCGAUACUUUGCUCUGAUCUCACUUUUGGAAAGUCACACCCGAGAGCAGACCAAGUGGGCAUGCAUGAUCGACGAUGACACGUUUUUCCUGUCCAUGUCGGACCUGGUCGAAACGCUGAGCCACUACGACCACACCAAGUCGAUCUACAUGGGCGGCGUGUCUGAGGGCGUGCCGCAGAUCUCCGUGUUCGGGCUGAUCGCGUUCGGUGGCGGCGGUAUCUUCCUGUCGCGACCGCUCCUGCGCGAGUUAGACUCGGUGUCCGGAGAGUGCCAGCAAAUGCCGCUGACGGGCGACCGCCGCGUCGCCAACUGUGUUUACCAAUACACCACCACGCGCCUGACUAUCGAGCACCGACUCCACCAGCUGGAUCUGAUGCGCGAUGCCUCGGGCUUUUUCGAGUCGGGCCGCGAGCCGCCGCUCUCCGUGCACCACUGGAAGUCGUGGUUCAAGGCCGACAUGCCCAAGCUGGGCGUGAUCUCAGAAAUCUGUGGUGAUACCUGUCUGUUGCGCCGGUGGCAUUUCAGCGACGGCUGGAUCUUGACCAACGGAUACUCCAUCAUCCACUACUCGUGGGAUCCAGAGCCCGGCGAUGUGACCAUGGAGAAGACAUGGGAGUCCCACAACGGCGCCACCAACGAAAACUACCUCCAUGAACUGGGCCCGCUGCGCAACAAGGACGUCGAUAAGGUCACCUACCAGCUCCGGGAUGCAGUGCUCGAACCCAAUGGCCGGGUCACUCAGUGGUAUGUCCGCCCUCAUUACAAGGGUGAUCGGGUUUUGGAGCUAUCUUGGCGCAAACGGUGA